UUUGAAGGUAUAUAGAAUAUGGUAGUUGUUGGUGAAUAGGUGUUUGGUUGGUUGGUGUUGGAUGCUUAGAAAUGGAAUCCACAGUUAGCGUGACAAUGUUGGAUUUGUUGGUGAAGUACGGGGUGGUCAACGAAGAUGACAUCACCGAUUCUGCUGAGAAAAUCGUUUCUGUGACGUUAUUGGCGCAACUUGUUGAAGUAUUGGAAGGAAAGUUAAAAAUGUUUUCGAAGACGCAAACGGAUGAAAUGAGCGAGGUGCAAAAGUACGUGGAGCGUGUCCGUGUAUUAAGCGACGAACGAGACAAACUAACAACUCAGUUCGACCUCGAGAACGAAAGAUUACGAAACCAACUUAAAGAUCUUAUCGCUAAAAGUGAAAUGGAGAAACACGAGAUGGAAGAUAUGUGUUCACAAGAAGGGUUGGUGGAGUUGGUCGGAAGUUCGUUUAGUGAACAAAUGGCGUAUCUACUUGUCGUUCGUGCCACAUUACUAGAUAACGUGGAUGCUCUGCAUGAUCAACUCGAUAGUUCAACCAAACAACACGAUCAACUUAAACAACAAAUAGAGGCGUUAACAAGUGAGGACAGCGAGUUACGAGGUCGAAUGAACAACGCGAUGUCCGAGAUGGGGGGAAUGGCUUCCAAGUUGACUGAUGCUUUGCGUGAACGAGAUCGAUUGAAAGACGAGGUGGGUGUGGUGUGUGGGUGGGGGUGCGUGUGGUGUAUAUUUAACAUGUUUGUGUAUUGGCGCAACCAAGGUGUUUUAGUGGCGUAACAUCCUCUUUUUAAGUUUUUAACUCUCAUUAGUUAUUUUAUAUUGAGCAUUUCCCAAAUAUUCUGUGUGUGGAUUGUAAGAUUCACCGAAAAAAAACAAGUUUUUUUCCUUUUUUCUAGCAGUGCUGUAGUUGCCUAUAUAUAUUGUAUGUUUUGUCUACCCCACCCCUUGUAUAGUGUGUGUUGUAUAUAACCCCACCCUUGUA